CCGCCGGGAGGAAAUGGUUGUCUUUCCCGACGCGCGGCGCCGGGGGAUUCUACGGGUCGGCGGAAGGAGUCGGGGAUUUUCCGGUUCCGGACGCGGGAAAGGCCCGAAGCGCCCGGGAGGAGGAGGAGGAGGAGCGCGGAUGGCGGUGGCGGCCGCCAUAAAAACCGGAUCCGGCGGAGGAGGCAUCGGUAGAUCACGGGCCGGACUCUCGUCGAACGGGAUGGCGCCGCGGGUGUGGGUUCUGCUGCUGUCCCUGGCGGCCUGGGCGGCGGCUCCGCCUCCCUCGGGAUUCGGACGCCCCGUUCGCCUGCCUUCCGGACGCCGGACGCACUUCCAGACGACCGGGCACCGCGGCCCCGGCAGCUACCGCUACGGAUACGACACGGGCACCGGAGGGCCCGCCCAGCUGUUCCACCAGGAGGAGAGGACCUCGCGGGGGGAGGUGCGGGGCAGCUACGGAUACCUGGACCGACCCGGCCUGUUUCGGGUGGUGCGCUACUCGGCCGACGACCGCGGAUUCCGAGUGCUGUCCGGGCCCUACCUGCUGACGGCCGAGAUACCGGAGGAGAACCCCUAUCCUCCCUUCGUGGGUCCGCUGCCACCUUUCCUCCGUCGGACCGUCGGCUCCCGGGACUAGAGUCUUCCGUCGAAGAAGAGGCGCCGCCGCUAUUUAAUAAAUUACUUUAUCCUUCUUUUCCCGCCCCGAAUGGCUGUACUUCUUCCGGCGCCGCGCUCGGGCGGCCGCGACCCAUUUUUCGCGCGGCCGGGUAAAUCUCGGCCGACGGACGCGCGACGCGAAUGGAGUUUGCCUUGGACGCCUUCCACCGGCCGGGAAUCCCCGCGCGCCGAUAAGUAACGGUCUUCCGGAGAGGCCGAAUUAUUUUCGGAGGAAGGAAUCGGUCUUCUUUCGCCGCCGGCCCCGGCCUGGAGUUUAGAACCGGCGGGCGGAAGCGUACCACCGAGAGGUAGAGAACCGCGGACACCCGGCCAAACACCUUCGAGUGUUUGGCCGGGAACGGGUAAAAAUUAAGGACGGUCGGCUGAAACUUUUACCGCCAUCAAACGGCGCCGAGAUUCCGCCACCGAAAGUAGCGGAAAGUGUGUCCGACCGACCCGGGAUAAAAUUCGGCACGCGAAUCGGAGGCGUAACUGUUCCGGUGAUAAUAUUAGGAAAGUCUUGGCCCAGGGAAGAGCUUCCGGGCAUUUAGCGGAAGUUGCCGUACUGGCAAGGCGACCACGUUGCCAGAAAAGCCUUUAGUCCUAUCGUAAGUCGGACGUCGUCGGACAUGGACGGUUUCGGCCGGUUCCUACGGACUUCUCGCCUCAUCCGCCGGUACGCCGAGUUGGUGGGGAAGGAAGCCAAAUUGCCACUUCGCUUCUUCUUCCGUGCCGGACGUUUGCGCCCGGACGAAAUACGUGGAGUGUCUCCUUAAUAAAAAGCCGUCUUCCGCCUUUCGCUUUCUCUUACACCGGCGGCAACGGCUGCGAGUCUCCCACGAAAAAAUCCGCUCUCUCUCUACUGUCCGCUCUUUAGCCGAAUAAAUCGACGCUCAAACGGUCGAUUUAUUCGGAAGCGCGCGUUACCGCCCGAGCCUGGAGUUUCUAGAAAACUAUACCGCGUAACUUAUCCGGAGGUGGCCGGGUAGCGCCCCACGAAAAUCCACCCGUACCCGGCGUUAGGUAAUGUCGAAAUUAUCCGUUACGGGACAUUUACGUUACUUAUUUCCACCGCCGUUAAAAGCCGAGUCUUACGCCGGUGUGCUUAGUUGCCGCCUCCUAUUCUCGCGGCUGGGGUAAAUCCGCCGUCGCAUUUCGGUUUCGUCUCGGCGCCUGCUCUUCCGGAUCGGUUUCCGUGAUAAAAGGGAGGAGAAAAAGAAGGCGUAAUUUUACUUUAUCCAAAUACGUGCGAAGCGGAAAGAAGAGAAACGAUAGAAGGCAGGAUGGAUUCGACUAUUACUUCUGGCGGAAAAAAUCAUUUCCGAACAAGUCGAUAGUUUUAGGUACAGGUACUGUACGGUACGAUCGUAGACGAAAUUCGACGUGAAUGCAGACAUUACCGAAGCCUUCCGAAGAGAAAAACGUCGGACAGUUUCUACGCACUUCCUUCUAACCGUCGAACGUCUAUCCCUGUUUCUGUUCCCUCCGUUAACGGAGCGUCCGGAUAAACUGAAUUUUUCACCACCACGUUUUCGGUUACGACCAAUUUUAUCGGAAGUCCACUUUCGUCGUAAGUGGUCGCGCCCGGCUUUGGCCCAUCCCGGCCUUAGCGCCUACGGGACGGAGUCGAAAAAUAAGUCCAAGUUAGAAGGCGGGCGCUAUACGAAAUUAAAGCCAAUGAGUGAACGAUAAGCGCUUAUUAUUUAUACCGUAUCCAUUAAUUAAAGGCGUUUAAAUUGGCGAUUUUACGGACUAAUUAAAAACGGGGUGGCCCGUGCGCGUUAAUGCGGAUCCCGCCAAUUACGCCCAAAGAAGGCUACCCGGGCUAAAGUUUCCAAGAUUUUUCCCCGUUUAACUUAAUUAAAACGGAACGACCGCGCGUUUCCGAAAUUGCCGUGUCGAUUUUCGGCGGUAGCCCGUUCGAAUUUACUACUAUCACCGCCUACGUUAAUUUUAUGGUAAAAUAGGGACUACGUAGUACGGUACCGUCCGGCCCUAACCCGACCGACGUCCGCGUAAUUCGUAUCGGGACGGGACGGGACGGGCGAGCGAGUAGCCCUCGAAAUAAUUGGACCCGCUUCUCUGGCGUUUAGCGUGUAAGUCCGAAAGUUUGCCUUCUCUUACGGCCUCGGCCCGGUGGAUAAGACGCCGGAUACCGGAACUAGGCCGCCUAGGCUCCAACCCGCGCAAUUUUAGUUUUUUGUUUCUGUGCGUGUCUAACAAAAUUACUUAUUUUAUCGUAUUGUUAUUUCUCGGGUUUAAAGCGCGUAUAAAGAUUUUUUCCUUACGGUUACGUAGUACGUCGACACCAGUGAAUAAGCUUCGGAUAGACAAAAAAAGACGGUAGUAGAGUCGUACCGUACCGUUUUUUAAUCGUUUGUUACGCUUCAAAUAUAACAAUACUUAAAUACGAAGAAAUAAAAAUUUUAUUUAACCGCAAGCCAGAGUUAAAUACAGUAAUUCCUGGACUUACGCCAACCCGGAG